AUGAGAAAAAAAUCGUUUAAUUUAACCUGUCAGGUAAACGAUGGAUAUCCUCAAAAGAAUUCGCUAAGCGAAUCUCAAGAUCAACUUCAGGAUGAUUCUUUAUCGAGUGACUCUGAUCGAGGACAAUGGGGCAACAAAGCAGAAUUCAUGCUCUCUUGCGUUGGCUUAUCGGUUGGUUUGGGAAAUGUGUGGCGAUUUCCUUACUUGGCCUAUAAACAUGGCGGAGCCGCCUUUCUUCUUGCCUACUUGGUUUUGCAGCUACUAAUUGGCAAACCUUUGUAUUUUAUGGAAUUGGCGAUGGGACAGUACUCUUCCAAGGGGCCUACUGGGGUGUGGUCAAUGAACCCCAGUGCUAAGGGAAUCGGGAUAUCUAUGAUGUUCAUCUCAUUGGUGGUUGCAAUCUACUACAAUGUUAUCAUGGGCUAUACAUUGUUUUACUUCUUUUCAUCUAUGCAAACCACACUUCCUUGGAUGGACUGCUCGAAGUUUCCUGAUUAUAGCUGUAUAUCUGAACGAGUGACAUGUGUCGGUAACAUGACACUCGACAAAGAGGGAUGCUUAUGUCCGAUUAAGACAACAAAUAAAACGUGGUACGAGCCAGGUUACAAUAUAACUUGCAGAAAUACUAGUGAAACCUUCUAUACUGCUUCAACUUUGUUCUUUGAACUUGAAGUCAUUCAACGUUCUAAGGGACUGGAACCGGAAAACAUUGGAGUUCCCAUCUGGAAGCUGGCAUUGUGUAUGCUUCUCUCCUGGAUAAUUGUUGUCGCUUGUCUGUACAAAGGAGUCAAAUCAUCUGGAAAGGUGGUCUAUUUCACAGCUACGUUCCCUUAUGUAAUUCUGAUAAUUUUAUUAAUUCGUGGGGCUAUCUUGCCUGGAGCUCUCGACGGGGUCAAGUAUUUCAUUGUACCUGAAUGGGAAAAAUUUUCGGAUAUUACAAUGUGGGUAGACGCCGCUGGCCAGAUGUUCUUCUCACUCAGUGUGUGUUUUGGUGGAAUCAUCAUGUUUGGUAGCUACAACAGGUUUCGUAACAACAUCUAUGCAGAUGCCCUGAUAAUUAGUUUAAUGGAUUUGUUGACGAGUGUCAUCGCCGGUUUUGUCAUCUUUACAAUCCUCGGUCAUCUUUCAUUCAAGACACAAAUCGAUAUUUCAAAGAUUGCUCAAAAAGGCUACGGUCUCGCUUUUGUUGCUUACCCUGAAGCCUUGGCGACCUUACCUGUACCGCAGUUGUGGUCAGUACUCUUCUUCUUCAUGUUGUUUACACUUGGAUUGGACAGUGAGUUUGCUCUUUUGGAGACAAUGCUGACUUGUUUACAAGACGAAUAUCCGAAACUCCGAAAAUACAAAGGUUUACUGUGUGUCGUUUCUGGUAUCAUCUGCUUCUUUUUGGCGUUACCGUGCAUAUGCCCUGGUGGAGAUUAUGUGGUAAUUCUUAUGGAUUACUACGGUGCGGAUUUUGCUGUCCUGUGCGUGGCAUCUUGUGAAUCAAUCGCGGUUAUGUGGGUUUAUGGUUUUAGACGUUUUCUCAAGGAUGUCGAAUAUAUGAUUGGCUUUAAACCAAAUCCAAGCGUUUUCUGGAGUUUCUGUUGGGUUAUUUGCAGUCCCAUUCUCAUUACAGUACUCUUCAUCUAUCGAAUGGUAAGAUACAACCCCCCAAAUUAUCCAGACUUACCCCUGGUAGGAAGUAAAAAAAUGCCAUAUCCAGAAUUUGCACAAGUAAUUGGCUGGCUGUUGACGAUAAUUGGACUCAUGCCAAUACCAAUUUAUUUCUUAUAUAAAUUAUUUACUGCCAAAUCGUCUGAAUUCGCUGAUAAAAUGGCAGAAAUCACCAGACCGACAACUGAAUGGUGCGCGAGGAGAAAGUCCAACAAAACUGGUGUGGACAAUCUGGCGAUGGAUACAAAACGGUUUUGA